CCUCUGCGGGGCAUGAUGGGGGAGUUGGAGAUUUCCAUCAUGGCGGCUUCCAUUUCGGGCUACACCUUUAGCGCUGUAUGUUUCCACAGCGCCAACAGCAACGCGGACCACGAAGGAUUUUUGCUGGGAGAGGUAAGACAAGAGGAAACCUUCAGCAUUAGUGAUUCACAAAUCAGCAACACAGAAUUUCUGCAAGUAAUCGAAAUCCAUAACCAUCAGCCUUGUUCAAAACUUUUUAGUUUUUAUGACUACGCAAGCAAAGUUAAUGAAGAAAGUUUGGACAGGAUUCUUAAAGAUCGGAGAAAGAAAGUUAUUGGGUGGUACAGAUUUCGGCGAAAUACGCAGCAGCAGAUGUCCUACAGAGAACAGGUUAUCCACAAACAGCUCACCCGGCUCCUUGGCGCACCCGACCUCGUCUUCCUUCUCUUCAGUUCCAUCUCCACUGCCAACAGCUCCACCCAUGCUUUAGAGUACGUUCUCUUCAGACCAAAUCGGAGAAAUACUUCUCAGAGUUAUGCCAAAGUUAUUAAAGAGCAUGGUACUGACUUUUUUGACAAGGAUGGAGUAAUGAAAGACAUCAGGGCGAUUUAUCAGGUUUAUAAUGCACUUCAAGAAAAAGUGCAGGCAGUGUGUGCAGAUGUCGAGAAGAGUGAGCGGGUUGUUGAAUCUUGUCAGGCAGAAGUGAACAAAUUAAAAAGACAAAUCACUCAGAGGAAAAAUGAAAAGGAACAAGAAAGAAGAAUGCAGCAGGCGAUGCUAAGCAGACCAGUGCCGUCGGAAAAUCUGGAAUCGGGGUUCAGCCCUCGGAUGCCCUAUUCUGCAUUUGCAGCUGAAGGUAGAAGUACACUUGGAGAUGCCGAGGCCUCUGAUCCUCCUCCCCCCUACUCUGAUUUUCACCCCAACAAUCAAGAAAGUACUUUGAGCCAUUCUCGCAUGGAGAGUAGUGUCUUUAUGCCGCGACCUCAAGCUGUGGGCUCUUCCAAUUACGCUUCCACCAGCACCGGACUGAAGUACCCUGCAGGUGGAGCAGACCUUCCUCCUUCCCAAAGAGCAGCUGGAGACAGUGGGGAUGAGUCCGACGACAGUGAUUAUGAGAAUUUGAUCGACCCCACAGAGCCCUCUAACAGUGAAUGCCCACAUUCAAGGGAUUCGAGACCCGUGACACAUCCUGACGGGGACUCCAGGGACACUCAGACCUCCCAGAUUUAACGAAACAAAAGAACUCUCCACUUAGUACUGGUUUUCUUACUGCUUAUCGAGAGAGUUGUUUGAGGACUUAGUCUGAGGGAACCGCUUUCUCAGAUCCCUGGCUCCCAAGAGGAGAGAGUCCUUGUGCCCGGAACUUGCUGGAGCCUGGCAUCCGCUGGUCCUCACUUCCAGUGCAGUGUGCAGGUGUCACAGCAGAAUCAUUAAGAUAAUCAUGUUGUACUAAUUCUGGUGCGAUUCAUGAAUGUGCUGGUAAAUUUAGGAAAGUGAAACGUAUCACCGUAAUUUUUGUUCUUUACAGUAAAUUGGAAAUUAGACACUAAGCACAAUUAGUCUAUAAAUGUUCUAUAAAUCAAAACCUUACCUCUUGCACUAUCAUGCCUUGAAAUUUGCUUUUUCAAAGGGAAAUGAGUUUAGCAGCAGCCUUCAAAGAACCUUCUUUCUAUGAUGAGCCAGAUUCAUCUUUGCCAGAAAAGAAAUUUUGAUAAUUCCAAGAAGCCUGAUCGGAACAAAUCGGAUCCACCUUCUCUUGUCUGCAUGACUGUGUGAGAUUGAAAGGGAGGGCUUUGUUUCAACUUUUUUCUACUAGCCUGAUAUGUAUUGUCACUUAAAAAUGGUUGCCUUUUUUAAAAAUGUAGAAAUGCUAAUUACCAGUAAGUAAUCAAAUGAGUCUGUCAUACAA